AUGAUCCUUGGCGUUCCUUCCAACCUGGCAUUCCGGGAUCCUGUGCCCCUGUUCGCGUCCCAGCCCCGCCGCAGGCGCUGCCCUCCGCCGCUCACGGACAGCUGCUGGCGCCGGGGCGGGGGCGGACACCGCCUCGGCCUCCCGGGUCCAACGCCGCCCGCGGGGAUCGCUUCUAACGCCUUCUGCAGCCAGAGCAAUAAAAGCUCCGUGCCCGCGGGGAUCGCUUCUAACGCCUUCUGCAGCCAGAGCAAUAAAAGCUCCGUGCCCGCCGUGCCGCGCCCGGGGCCGUUACUUCGCGCUGCGCCGCGCCCUCGGCGGGAGCCGCCGCCGCUCCCUGACCGUUGGGGGCGCCCCAGGCCGCGCCGCCGCCAUCUUGUCCGCCUCGACGGGAGGCUGCGGCGGAGGAUGGGCCCCGCCACGGCCCUCCUCCCGCUGCUGCUCCUCCUGCCGGGCUCCCUGCCCGCCGAGCUGACCCCGCGGGCUCCCACCGAGCCGGCCUGCGGUCAGAGGCCAUUCCUGGACAGGUUCUCCGUGUCCCGGAUCGUGGGAGGCCACAACGCCCAGGUGGGAGCCUGGCCGUGGGCCGUCAGCCUCCAGCUCUCCGGAGGUCUCUUGCAUUACUCCCACGUUUGUGGUGGGGUUUUAAUUAACGAGAACUCAGUGCUGACUGCUGCCCACUGCACCACGGGAAGGACGGACCCCUAUUACUGGAGAGCUGUUUUGGGGGUGCACAACCUGUGGAAACCUGACAAGCAGACAGCCAGAAGAAGGAUCAAAAGCAUCAGAGUGCACCCAGGCUUCGACAGGCAGUUCUUUGAGCACGACAUUGCUCUCUUUGAGCUGGCUGCUGCCGUCAGCUAUAGCCCUUACAUCCAACCCAUCUGCCUGCCCCCUGCUCACCUCCACCCUGGCAGGGACAACGACACCAAAUGCUUCAUCAGUGGCUGGGGACGGACAGCAGAGAAAGGUAAAAUUUCAGCUGUGUUAAAAGAGGCCCAGGUGGAAAUCAUCCCCUCCAGUGUCUGCAGCGGUGCUGAGGCUUAUGGAGCUCUGGUGAACAGCAACAUGAUCUGUGCUGGCUCUCCUUCAGGAGGCACUGACACCUGCCAGGGAGACAGUGGAGGACCCCUGGCAUGCUACUACCCCAGCACAGACCAGUACUACCUGAUGGGCAUCGCCAGCUUCGGAGUGGGCUGUGGCCGGCGGAAGUUCCCUGGGAUCUACGUCCGAGUGUCCCAGUACAGGGCCUGGAUACAAUCUGAGCUGCAGCUGAGCAGCAAGGCUGAGAGUCUUGUGAGCAAGGCACUCAGCACCCUCCUGGCUCUGAGCUCUAUAGCACUUGUGUGGACCUUCUAA